AAAUAAAAUUUUAUAUAAGUGAUUAAUGUUAAAAACUCUGAAGAAAACGUGCACAGUAUUAUCUUUCAUUGUAGCAAGUAUUAAUAUACAGCUAAAUGUGCACAGUAUUGUCUUUUUAUGAUAAAGUAUUAACAUAUAACUUACAGAUAUACAGAUAUCUUCUGUAAGGUUUUUUUAACAAUAUAAAUAAAAAUUAAUUUGGUAAUUUUUUAUAAAAUAAAAAUUAAAAUUAAAAAUUACAAAGUACAAAAUAAUCAUAUAAUAAAUCUCAAGAUAUUUUUAAUAUCUAUAAUAAAUUAGUCAAUUGGAGAAAGUAUAUUUUAAAAAAUAUGACUGGUCCAUUAAGAGAUCAACCAUGGGGUUUACAAAUCAUAGAAUAUAUGAUUUCCAAAUGUUGUCCUCAUCAUCGAAUCAAUCGAAUGACAUGGCAUCAAGGUGGUAUUUUGAUACUCACAUAUUUAGCAUACACAUGUUAUCAUAUGACACGAAAACCUAUGUCUAUUGUAAAAAAUGUGUUGAGUUUUAAUUGUAGUACUUUAUCACCUCCUCCAAACUUUUUAAUUAAUAGUAGUAAUCGAGAUACAUGGUGUGAUUGGGCUCCAUUUGACACUGCUGAUGCUCCAGCAUUGCUUGGCAUAUUAGAUUCAGCAUUUCUGUUUGCAUAUGCUGCAGCCAUGUUCCUCAGUGGUUUUAUAGCAGAAAGAGUAAAUCUACGAUAUUUUCUUACAUUUGGCAUGCUUGCAUCUGGUAUUUCUUGUUAUCUCUUUGGUAUUGCUAGGCCAUAUAAUAUUCAUAAUUUAUGGUAUUUUGUUCUUAUUCAAGCAAUAGGUGGUGUUUUUCAAACGUCAGGUUGGCCAGGUGUAGUUACUGUUGUAGGAAAUUGGUUUGGAAAAGGAAAAAGAGGAUUAAUUUUUGGAAUAUGGAAUUCUCAUACAUCAUUAGGAAAUAUUUUAGGCAGUUUGAUAGCUGCUGAAUUUGUGGAAUCUGAUUGGGGUUUAAGUUUUAUGGUACCUGGAAUAAUAAUGGGUUUUGCAGGAUUUAUAAUAUUUUUAUUUCUUGCACCAAAUCCUAUAGAUAUAGGAUGUAUACCACCUGUCCCAACUAAAUAUAGAAAAUUUGAUACUGUUCAUAGUUCAGAUGAAGAUAGUGGUGCAGAGAAUUGUGAUCAAUCAUACAGUCGUCUCACUUAUCGCUGUGCCUACCGCGAACAAGUUGAUAUUGAUGAUGUGGAAAUUGCACGAUCUGAAACUAGUCCAAUAUUACAAAGGCAUAGACAUGUACAAGAAAUUCAUACAGGAAAUGCAAUUGGAUUUGCAAAAGCAAUGAUGAUACCUGGAGUAAUAGAAUAUUCUCUUUCCUUAUUUUUUGCAAAACUUGUUAGCUAUACAUUCCUGUAUUGGUUACCAUUGUAUAUUGCAGCCUCAACUACAUAUAGCACAACAUUAAGUGCAGAUCUAUCUACUUUUUUUGAUGUUGGUGGUAUUGUGGGCGCAAUAGCAGCUGGCAUUUUAUCUGAUUAUAGUGGUACAAGUGCUCUAACAUGUGCAGUCAUGUUUGGAUUUGCAGUUCCUAUUUUAUUCAUAUAUGACUAUAUUGGAAGCACUGGAUGGACAUUCAACAUUAUACUACUACUAAUAGCAGGUUUAUUAGUAAAUGGACCAUAUGCCUUAAUAACAACUGCAGUAUCUGCUGAAUUAGGAACUCAUCCUAGUUUAGGAAACAAUUCUAAAGCUUUAGCUACGGUUACUGCAAUUAUUGAUGGCACAGGAAGUAUUGGAGCUGCUGUAGGUCCAUUACUAGCAGGAGUAGUAGCACGUUGGACUGGUUGGCACAAUGUAUUUUAUAUGCUUAUGAUUGCAGACAUGUUGGCAUUAUUACUUUUGUCAAGAUUAGUUUAUCGAGACGUUCAAGUAUAUAGACGACGGCGAAGAGCUAUUUAAUUUUAUUUUUAUUAAAUAAAAAACAAUAAGUAUAUAUGUACAAAUAAAUAAGUUCUUAAAUA